ACACACCCACAAACCCUGUGUUGUCUUUAUUCGGCCACAUGGUGCUCUCAGGGAUCAGUGUUUUACAAACCCUGGACUUAUGUAACAGGCGUGCUGGUGAUAAAAGCAUUUAGAAUUUCCCUUCCAUUGAUUUCUUGCUUACUUAGCAGCCAGUACUCAAGGAAGAUUAUUUAUCUGAAAGAUAAAUGUUUCAGUGAUUAAUUGGUUUGCUUCCACUCAGCAGCUGCUCACAGCUCCCCUCACAACUUGGGCCUCUCGGUGUUGUUUUCAUACGACUCUGCAAGGAAACAAAGUGCACAGAGGAGGCAAGGUUCAGAGCCGAUCUGCGCUCUCACAGCGAGUCCAGCAGCUGUCUGCAGCUCAGUGCAACCCCUGCCGCCAUGUUGGUUUCUAUAAUCCUCCUGUGCCUUUGUGUUUGGUUUAUCGUCCUCCAACUGAAAUCCCGGAGGCCCAAGAACUUUCCACCGGGACCCCCUGCUCUGCCCGUCCUGGGGAACCUUUUACACCUGAGCCUGGAGAAUCCUCUGAAAGACUUUGAGAGGCUGAGGAAGACGUAUGGAGACGUCUACAGCCUCUUCCUCGGCCCCAAACCUAUGGUCAUCCUCAACGGGCAGAAGGCGAUAAAGGAGGCUCUGGUGACUAAGGCCGUAGAUUUUGCUGGACGACCCGAUGACCUGUUCAUCAAUGACAUCGUCCGGAGGAGAGGUAUCAUCCUGGCAAACUUCGGCUCCAGCUGGAGGGAACAUCGUCGCUUUGCUCUGAUGACUAUGAGGAAUUUCGGUCUGGGGAAGAAUUCGAUGGAAGACAGGAUUCAUGGAGAGAUACAAUGCACCGUGGAAACGCUGGAAAAAAGCAUUGGCAAAAGCAUGAGUCCUGGAGUUCUCUUUUACAACAUGGCCUCCAACAUCAUAUGCCAGGUUCUGUUUGGAAAACGCUUCGAGUACGACGACAAGUUCAUCAAAGUGAUCGUUUGUAACUUUAGAGAAAAUGCCAAGAUAACCAACGGACCCUGGGCUAUGCUGUACGACUCUUUUCCACUCAUUCGGAACUUGCCGCUGCCGUUCAAAAAGGCCUUUGAAAAUGUUGAGGUUACCUUGGAAUUUGGACAUAAAUUGGUGGCCGAGCACAAGAAAACCAGAGCUCCAGGAGAACCACGAGACUUAGUUGACUGCUAUCUGGACCAACUGGAUAAGAGAGCCGGGGAUAGUUUUCCAUUUUCAGAGGAGGAACUGGUUUCGAUUUCUCUCGAUCUUCACUUUGCUGGAACUGACACGACCUCCAACACCCUGCUCACUGGGCUCCUCUACCUCAUGGCUUAUCCACACAUACAAGAGCGUUGCCAGCAGGAGAUAGACAAGGUGCUUGACGUGAAGCAACCGGCCAUGUUUGAUGACAGACAUAACAUGCCAUACAUGCAGGCUGUGAUCCAUGAAGUGCAGAGGAUAGCCAACACUGUUCCGCUCAGCGUCUUCCACUCGACGACUAAAGACACAGAGCUCAUGGGAUACUCCAUUCCCAGGGGUACGCUGAUCAUCCCUAACCUGGGCUCAGCACUGAAAGAGAAGGAACAAUGGAAAUUCCCUGAUGAAUUCAACCCAGAAAACUUCCUCAAUGACCAGGGAGAGUUUGUCAAACCUGAGGCCUUCCUGCCUUUCUCUGCAGGUCCUCGUAUGUGUCUGGGAGAGAAUCUGGCUCGUAUGGAGCUCUUCCUCAUCUUGGUGACUCUGCUGAGGAAGUUCACGUUUGUCUGGCCUCAGGACGCAGGAGAGCCAGACUUGACUCCAGUCUAUGGGGUCACCCUGUCUCCCAAACCUUACUGCAUGAACGUCCAGCUCAGGGCAGCACAGUAGGAAGGUCUGCACACGGGAGGGAUAUGGAUACAGAACAGUUUAAAAGGCUUUCUGCGCUGCUGCUGAGAGCACUUGACAACAGUGAAGUGACAAAAGAGCUUCUUCUGGUUGAGUGUCAUCAGUUAGUGGUGUUUUGGAGAAUUUGACUCAGCUGCCUUAAGGGGAUAGAAAAGUUUCAACUGGAGUUUGGUUAUCACAAAAAAUGGAGAGACAAAAUAAAAGCAUCAUGAUUUUUGAAAAAA